GAGCCGAGACUCGUUCAUUCGUUCACCAAUAUCUCCUACACCGUGAUCAGAGUUGCGAACUUGAUUUCAGUAAAGGAAAACUAUCGCGAAAUGAAUUCGUUGAGACUUGCGCUCAUUGUAGUGUUUAUCGUUAUUGCAGUUUCGUCGGCGUCAGGCACGGAAGACUCGGACCCUUGCUGUUCGUUCCCUUGCCAGAAUCAAGGCGUUUGCAUGUCCACCUCCAACCACAAAGAUUUCACGUGCGACUGCACCGGUCUGGAAUACUACGGCAAAACCUGCGACACUCCCUUUUGGGGUCGCCGUCUGAAAAAUUGGCUGCGACCUUCGCUAUCGACGAUGCAUCAAUUGUACACGGGAUGGCCCUGGCUGUGGAAGAUCGUCAACAACGUGCCCUUCCUACACCGAGCCGCUAUGCGUUACGUGUACAUGAGCCGCGGAGCGUCGAUCGAUUCGCCGCCUCGUUUCAAUAGCGGACACGAUUACAUCACGACCGAAUCGCAUUUCAACGCGUCCUACUACGCCCGCAGUUUGCCGCCAGUCCCGCAACAUUGUCCGACACCCAUGGGCGUUGCUGGCCACAAAGAAUUGCCCGAUGUCAACGUGUUGGCCGAACGUUUCUUCAAGAGGAAGCAAUUCAUCGCCGAACCUCACGGAACCAACAUUCUGUUCGCCUACUACGCCCAGCAUUUCUCGCAUCAAUUCUUCCGGACGGAUCGGGCCAGAGGUGCGGCAUUCACCAAAGGAAACGACGGCGUCGACGUGUCGCACAUUUACGGCCUGGACAAAGCCACGCAAGACGCGCUGCGUUCGUUCAGUCAAGGCAAAAUGAAGGUGCGGACGACGGACGACGGCCAGCAAUUCCCUCCGUUGCUGCGCGACGCUCCCGGCGUGCACAUGAUCUACCCGCCCCACACGCCGCAAGAAGAGCGAGUGGCCCUGGGGCACGCCCUGUUUAGCAUGCAGCCCGGAUUGUUCGUCAUGUCCACCAUUUGGCUGAGGGAACACAACCGCAUUUGCGACAUCCUGCGCGUGGAGCAUCCGCACUGGGACGACGAGCGGCUCUACCAAACGGCCAAGUUGAUCGUCUUGGCCGAGAAUCUGAAAAUCACCAUCGAGGAGUACGUGCAGCAUUUGAGUCAGUACAAAAUCAAGUUGACCUACGAGCCGGAAUUGCUGCGCGAUCAGCCGGCCUUUCAGUUCUCCAACCGCAUCCACGUCGAAUUCGCCCACCUCUACCAUUGGCAUCCGAUGGCUCCCGACGCCAUCACCGUCCAAAACAGCACCUACACCCUGGAACAGAUGAGUUUCUCGACGAAGGCAGUCACCAAACACGGAUUGGCCUCUUUCGUCGAAGCCAUCGCCACUCAGCCAGCCGGAGCCUUGAGUCACAGCAAUCACGGCGCCAUGCUGCUCGAUCAGUUCAAAGACGUCGUUCUGCAAGGCCGCCAACUCAGACUGCAGAGUUUCAACAACUACCGGAUGCUCUUCGGCAUGCCAAAGUACACGAGUUUCAUGGAACUGACGGGCGGCGAUGUGGACAUGUCGCGACAGUUGCAACUCCUGUACGGACACAUCGACGCCCUCGAAUUCUAUCCGGGCAUGUUGCUGGAGAAAUCCGAAGCUUCCGUCACGCCUUUCACGAUGGUCAACAUCGGCGGACCGUACGCCGUCAAGGGCAUGAUGGCCAACCCGAUUUCCAGUCCGCAAUACUGGAAGCCGAGUACGUUCGGCGGCGAGGUGGGUUUCGAUAUCGUCAAGACGACCACCAUCCGCCAGCUGUUUUGCCGCAACAUGCGGCCGGAAGAGUGCGGACAUAUUGGAUUCCACUUGCCGGAAGAGCAGCAGUCGGUCCAUGGCGUCGCUUCGUCCCGACAAGACGUCCAUCAUCACGUCCCAGUGCUGGAACCUUCGCCCGUGGCCAAUUACGCCACCCAUCCGGCAAGUGACCCUUCGUUUAGCAGCAAGACAUUUUCCCCUCCGGCUGCCGGAAUGACGAGCACUCACUACACCACCAACUACCGGCCGUUGACUGUCGAUGAUUUAGAUUUCGUUGAUUGUCAACCUCCUUCGGCCAGCCAAUGGGUAUCGUCGAGGCCGGCACUUGGUCAUACGAAUAAUUAUUGCCGUUUGAGAGAGGCCCAUCCAAUUUAAAUGUUUUUUUUUUCCUUUUUAGCGUUUGCCACACGUGAACAUGUUAUCUCACCAAUCGAGUCAACUGUGCUCACGUAACGCAGUUCAAUCAGCACAUUUAAUGCUGUUUAUAAUCUUUUUGUUCUAGCCACCGGAUGGAAGCAAAUGUUGUUGUUUUAGCCUUUUUUAUCGCUCGUCCCAAUUUUCGACUGAUAACUCUCAAACUGUGAUUCUCGUAUGAUUUUUUCCAUGGAAAUGCUGUAUUUAUUCUAUUUAUUGUUACAACAAUGUACAAGCGUAAUAGGCAACCAUUAAACCAAUUCAAAUGA